GUCCAACAUCGACGUUUCGCCUAUACACUCGCCACUCGCAAUGCACGUAAGAAGAGAUAGGUCACGAUCAAAGGGGUGGAAUGGCCUUCUCUGUCACUCCGCGCACAAGGUUUCGGGCAUGCAACGCGUACUAGUGAUCCUCCUCAACAUUGUGUACUAUCGUGAUGUCUCCGAGGGUGACGACUCUCUGGAUCCUCCCUUCCGUCUAUCAUCAGGGACUCAAGCUCUGCGUCACGAUUGGUGAUGUUCUGGGAAUGGGAAGUCCUUCGGUGGUCCUUUCACAAUGAACGCAGGACCAUUCUUCCCAUCGAGAUAUGUGAGCGGGUCAUAGAUAUCGUGUACCUCGACAUCACCCAUGCUUUGGAGUAUCGCCUGAAGACACUGCGCGCGUGCAUGCGGGUCUGUCGUGCAUGGGUCCCUCGCUGCCGAUACUACCUGCUGCACGGCGUGACCCUCGAGGAUCGGAAGCAGCUCUGGAAGUUCUCUGCGCUGCUUACCACGGAUCGCGGCUGCCGUGCGUACGUCAAAUAGCUCGAGCUCAUCUCAAGAGGGGAUUCCGCGUUUGUCAGAGCAUUCCCCUUGAUGCUCGCUCGCAAGUUGCCCAGCGUGGAACAUCUGCGCUUGUCUGGCGGGACUACCGGCGCCCGCUGCGCUGCAGGAGCCAAGUCGCUGCCUGACCCCCAACUCCAUCGAACCUACUUCCCCGCACUAUCGGGCCUCGUCUCACUCAAGACCAUGAAGCUGGAUUGCGUGGUGUUCCCUUCACUGGCGACAAUUCUUCGUAUCUGUGCAGCGUUGCCGAAUCUAGCCACCUUGGAGUGCCAUACCGUGGAGUGG